CUAUAGUUGAACUUCUCGAACUAUGCGUACUGGCCUAUUUACCCAAACCACCAUCAAAUCUGAUGUCAACCACCUAAGACCAUCCACCAUGUGCCAUUCUGCCAAUCUUCAUUGUCUUUAAUCGAACCCCCUCUCUACUACAAUUGUUAUAGGUCACCAGAGAGGUCUAGCCCUAACCAUAUGGUAUCUGAACAUUCGGUCAGUGCCACUCACUUUGUCGCGAGCUCCCCAGUCGUCUUUCAGUUGUAUCACUCGAUCGGCUACAUCUUUGAUUCUUGCGAGAUCAUGCCAAGACCAGGCUUCCAAUACUCCUCCUUUUUAGGUACUAACAGCUAUAUGAAGGAAACUUGUUGGAUUCACACAGUUAGUCUAUUGACCGCUUUAAUACUGUGUAAGAAAUAUUGACGCUAGCUAGUUGAAAGCAUUCAUCAUUUCAAUGACACUGUCACAUUUUCCCCUAAAAUCGAAAUACCACUGCACCGAGAUGACAGCCAAGAGUCCGAGCAAUAUACUUUUAAUUAUUUUACCAGCUGCCUAAAACAGAGCAGAUCAUCGAUGCAGAGGGCUGCAGAAUGCCGAAUCGGGGGAUGGUCCAAAGUAAGUAUUUACGGGACGGAUCGGAGCAGGCACAAUAUCUUGCAGAUACGAAA